CCGCUCGCUCACUCACUCCCAAAGUCGCCAGCCCUCCUCCACCGCUUGCAGCUUGCAAAGGUGAGAGCUCGAAGCUUGACGCGCACGCUGGACGACGCCAUGGACGCCAUCUCAUGCGUGGGCGUGGCACCGCCGUCCGCGCUCCUCUCCCGCUCCUUCGCCGAUGCGGCCAUGGUCCGCGCGCUUCACUUCUCCCUCUCCGAUGCCCCCGAGCCGUCCGUGACCACCGCCGACCUCGGCGCUCGCGCCGCGGCGGUGCUGAUGCACGGCGCCGGGGCAGGGACUCAUCCGCCGAUGGGCGCAGCGCCGUCGGCGUCCGAGCUGUGCCGUCUGGGGCCAGCGGGCCGGCGGGCGGGGAAGCGGCGGCCGCGGCCGUCGAAGCGCGUGCCCACCACGUACAUCAUCACCGACGCCGCCACCUUCCGCCUCAUGGUGCAGCAAGUCACCGGCGCCGGCCAGGAGGACGAGCCGCAACAGGACGGUGGCGCCGGCCUCGGCCUCCUCCUGCCGCACUUCAGCGUCGAGCCCUUGCCCCCGGCGGACCCCGCGGCCCACGUCGCUGCAGCGUACACGACGCCCACACCCUCCGCGGCGGAGCAACCUCUCUUCCCGACGCUGGACUCGUGGAACGUCAUGUACGGGAAGAACGAGGUGGUCUGAACUCUGAUGCGCCAAUGAAAACGUCGAGUUCGCUUGUCCGACCGUUCGAGGCGAAUGUGCGCGCGCGCAUCGGCAACAGCGGUUCAGGCAGCAUGCAUGAGCUGAUGAUCUCUUCUUCUCUUUGCUCGCAGAGAUCCUGACCUGUAAAUUACUACGUACGAACCUAUUUACACUUGUGGCUGGUGGUGUAGGGAAUGUACCCGAGUGGUGUUAAUCAGGCGCUUUCUUUCUGCUCGGACUCGCGGUUGCACUAGUUGCAUACUUGCAGCUGCAGAUGCUUCCGAUCAUUGUGAGCUUCCUGUGUAAAAGUAUGGAUUUUAUGUCUUCAGGCCAUGGUUUGAAAUGGCACCACCAGCAACAAAUUGGUUAUGGUUAA